AUGGCUCCUCAAGGAUGGAUGAACCUCGACGCUCUGCCAGAGAACAUGACGUUUGGAGGCGAGGAAGGCGCGUUCAAAGGCCUCGGGCUCUCGCGCACUGAGCGUCUCAUGGCCUUCGCAGGGUGCUUCUUCGGCGGCUUUGCGUGCUCGAUGCUCGGCGCGAUUCUGCUCAUUACGGGCCAGUCGGGCGCCUUUGCCGUCCUGUUCGGCGUCGGUGCCAUCAUCAGUCUCGUCGGCACUGGCUUCCUCAUCGGGUUCAAGCGCCAGGCCAAGCUGAUGUUCAAGCCCGUCCGCAUUGUCGCGACCAUCAUCAUGCUGGUAGCGUUGGCUCUGACCUUUGUCAUGGCUUUCCUCGUGGGCGGCGGCGUGGCCAUUAUCUUCGUCGUUAUCCAGUGGUUCGCGAUGCUGUGGUACUCGCUCUCAUACAUCCCCUACGCCCGAGAUGCUGUCAAGGGUCUCUUCAACAGGUUUAUCUCGUAG